AUGAGCCAGGACAGUGACACAGCAGGUGACUUGCAGCAACAUUUGGAUGAGACAUUAGCCAGGAUCGAAAGCGAUGUGACUUGCGUUGUGGUGCGGAGUAUCCGCGACUGCAACUUUUCCGUGAGCAUUGCUGAUCCUGCACAGCCCGACUGCCCGCUCAUCUCCGUCUCAGAGGGAUUUUGCGAGCUGACGGGCUAUGACCGCGAGACCAUUCUUGGGCAGAAUUGCCGUUUUUUGAACGACGGUUGUGACAUCCAGCCCUCCGACCGGCAAGGUCUCCGUGUCUCUGCAAAGACCGGCAAGCAUUUCUGCGGAGUGCUGAAGAAUCUCAAGGCGGAUGGUACGCCAUUUCUGAACCUGCUGGACAUGCGUGGCCUGUCGGUCGGCAGAACGAAAGAUGGUGAGGAGCGCUUCUUCAUCGUCGGCAUUCAGGCAGAUGUGAGCGAACAGGGAUCCGAGGAGUUACCUCUGGAGCACAAGACGCAGAUGCAGUACAUCGCCACACUCGUCCGUGAUGAGCUGUCUUCCGGCCUACAGCAAGAAGCCAUCGUGACCGCAAGCGCUGGAGACGAUGUUUCAAGUGACAUCACCCCAUACGAGGAGCCCAGGUGGAUAGUAGGAGAGGUCUUCGAAACGCAUGCUCUCGGUGGCUAG